AUGGCUCUCCGUACGCUCGGUGCCAAAGCAGCCGCCGCGCUCGACCAAGAACUCAUGAGCACCGGCGCCUUCUCCCUCGACCAACUCAUGGAACUCGCCGGCCUCUCCGUCUCUCAAGCCCUCUUCAAGCUUCAACCACCGCAGAAGGGAAACCGCAUCUUGAUCGCUGUAGGUCCUGGCAACAAUGGAGGUGAUGGCUUGGUAGCUGCGAGACACCUCUGGCACUAUGGAUACAAACCCACUGUUUACUACCCCAAGCAGCCCAAGAAUGAGCUAUACCAAGUAAGUUUGCUCGCAAAGCUUCUUGAGGAGAAAAGAACUGACGAGCAAAACNNACAGCGUCUCACCCAACAACUUCGCGACCUCCAUAUCCCAUUUACCUCUGACUUCUCCGCCCAACUCUCGUCCACCGACUACAUAAUCGACUCCAUCUUCGGCUUCUCCUUCUCGGGCGAAGUCCGCGAACCUUUUCCUUCCGUUAUAUCCUCUCUGCGCGACUCCAACAUCCCGGUCUUGGCUGUCGAUGCACCAAGCAGUUGGAAUAUCGAAACAGGGCCGCCGGGUGAGGGUCCGGGAAAAGGAUAUAAUCCUGAUGCGUUGAUCAGCUUGACGGCGCCAAAGCCGUUGGUCAAGUGGUUCGAGGGUAGGCAUUUCGUGGGUGGCAGGUUCUUGACCGAGGACAUGGCGAAGAAAUAUGAGCUGGACAUUCCUCCAUUCGAGGGCCUUGAUCAGGUCGUUGAGGUGCCUGUAAAAUGA